AUGAUGAAGAGGAUGAUUUGUGGUAGAAAGGUUCUUGUUGUUUUAGAUGAUGUGGAUCAUAUAGACCAACUUGAGGCGUUACCCUAUGACUCUAGUUGGUUUAAGCCGGGCAGUAGGAUUAUCAUGACAAAAAGGGAUGAGCAAGUGCUUGUAGCACACGGUGUGAAUUUGGUUCAAAAUGUCCAUAUGCUAUCGAAUAAUGAAGGAAUUUGCCUCUUCAGUAAGUAUGAAUUUGAGAGAGAGAUUCCAAUUAAAGGAUGCCCUGGAAACACUAAAAACAAUUCUGUUAACAGAAACUCUGAAAAAAAUUUGGAAUUAAGCUAUAUUGGUCUGGAGGAGGAUUACAAGGAAAUAUUCCUAGAUGUUGCAUGCAUACUUAAAGGUUGGCUGAAAUACUUGGCAAUCAAAGCACUUCAAAGCUAUGGAUUUCAUGCUAGAGAUGUUUUAAGAGUUCUUGAGCAAAAAUCUCUCAUAACUAUUUCACAUGGUGGGUACUUAGGCAUGCAUAACCAUAUUGAAGAAAUGAGAAGGAAUAUUGUUUCGUCGUUUGCACCCCGAUAA